AAGAUUACAAGUAUCAUGUAAGCUAUGUUUCUGCGAAGAACACUACAUCGGGUUUCUUGCUUGGCAGCGAAAUCGCGAAUUAUUUUGAGCUUUUGUUAAAUGUAAAGCUUAAUUAUAUAUGCAAAAUGCACUUCCGGUUACCCACUAGAGAUACAAAUUACUAUAGGAAUGUUUGGCGGAUAACGUUUACAAACAAGGAUUUUCGAAUAUUUAAGAGAUUUGGCGACGUUUUACUUAUCUCAAAUAUCUGUCAUGGAUAAAUAAAGUUAUUUAAAUCAAUGUGACAUCAAAAUUAUUUCGAUACCUGUAAAAUAUCGGCGUUCGUGUUUAUUUGAAAAUCGCUCGUGCAAGAAUCGAAUUUGCCUAAUAGUUGUCAAGACAAGAUAAUGCGCAGCUCACUUUCCAAGUUUAGAGGCAGUUAUGAUCUAGAAUAUGUUUCAUUGCUUAAAAUUGUGAUAAUAUUAUCACUACACCUUGCUACAGCAUUUGGAUAUGGUAUUCAUCAGUACGUAUGUUUGUUAUUGUCAUAACAUGCAGGGGCGGAUCUAGGUUCAUAUCAUAAUGAAACGUGACCAGGCGCAAUACAGAAAAAAAAAACUGGAUUGCUGCUAAUAGAGCUUUAAGAUGCAGUGAUGCAAUACCUAAUGAUGAUGGCUGUAGUAAUCUGUUCAAUAAUGUUUUUGAUGACCUUGGACAUUCACAACCUUUACAAAAAAUCAGCUUGAACCAUUGCCAGUCCUAAACAAAGUUCUUUCUCUUUAAAAGUUGGUCUUAAUGAUUGUGAUAUUUGGGAAAAUAACCAUGCUGUUUCUAGUGAAGUUGAUAUUUUAGAUGUUUCUUUUUGCCAUGGAAAAGCUAAUUCUUUAGUCCAUGUGAAUGCAGACAUUGGGGAGAGGCAUUUUUCUGUUUCUUCUGAAAUUUGAACAUGAUAUAGUUUAAAUGUUUCUUUUCAAGAUGGGUUAGUUGAUUGGGUGAAUGAGUACUCAAUCAAGCAAAAUGCUGUUGAUGGUUUGCUUGCUCUUCCUAAGGAUAAUGGUCAUCCAAAUUUGCCUAGUUGUGCUCGCACUUUGUUGCAAACAUCAAGAUGUAUUCCCAUUCAGAAAAAAUCUGGCAUGGAUUAUGUGUAUUUUUCUUUUGGUGAACAAUUGUUAAAGUACUUUCACAAGCAUCCUUGUGAAACAGUUAAGAACAUUAAUCAUCUUGAAAUCUCUUUAAAUGUUGAUGGGCUUCCUUUGUUUAAAAGUUCUGCAAAAAAUGUAUGGCCAGUGUUGUGUGCCAUUUUGAAUAUCAAACCUGUUGUAGUGUUUCCUAUUGUUGUAACAUGUGGUGACUCCGAGCCAAAAGGCUUGGAGUUUUGGAUGAGUUUAUAGAAGAUUUGAAGGGUAUUCUAGAGAGGGGAGUGCAAGAUGUGGAAAAGGUUCUGACUGUUACAGUAAGGGGCAUUGUUUGUGAUGCUCCUGCAAGAGCACUUGUUAAAGAAAGCAGAUACAAGAAGAACAUCAUCGCUUUGUUAGCACUUUCUGUCACUUGCCUGUUUAUAUGAGACUGUUAGUAAAAAAUUGGUGGAGCUUAAACCAUUUAUCCUCUCUACAUUUGUGCGAAAACCUGGGAGUUUAAUGGAAAUUGACAGAUGGAAAGCUACAGAAUUCAGACAGUUUCUUUUGUAUACAGGCAAAAUUUCUUUCAGCCGUCAAUGAAAUCUUAUCAACAAAUUAUAGAAAUUUGCCAAUGUACAGCGAGCUGAUCUCCCUUGCAGAAAAAGGUGCUGUAGGCGUUGGUCCUUUAAAAUAUUGUUGUAAUACAAGCAACGUCUCUUCACAAGGAAUUCCUACAACUGGCACAACAAGAGAAAGACAUUCUCAACGAAACAGUGGUGUCUUAGAUGCGCAUGACCUUUCAUCGCACGAAACUCCUUCGACAAGUUUUAUGAACAUAACACCUGCAGGAAGACGUUCUCAAUUAAACAUUAAUGGCUUCCAAAGAUCAGUUCUGACCAAACUGGAAACAUUAAUUGAUAAGCAAGAAGAAGCGUUGUCAAUAUUGCGUGGUCUGUUAAGCGCUAAGAAAGGUGUAGACGAGCACGAAAUUUUGGAAGAUUUUGUACCUAAUCCCUUAGAUUCGGUUGAAGAACUUGAAGAGCUAUCCUCUAGUCAUGAUGAAGAAAAGUCCAGAAGAAAGUUGCUGCAGUUUUUGGUAGCACUGUGCGCAAACACCUGUGCAAACAGUGUUAGAAGAAUUAUGACAAAGCUGGGAACAAAUAAUCUAUGGUCCCAAUAUAGUUUAAAAGGCAGAAAGUCAAAGCGACCAUUUCAGCACCUUGCCCUCUGCAAAGUUAUAACAAAAGCCUUCUUCAAAGCUCAUAAAGGAUGCAGCGAGGCAAACGUUGAAGAGCAAAUUGCCGAAUUUUUAAAUAUGCUGCAUGCAAGCAAGGUGGUUCCAGAUUUAAGUGCACGUUGGUCCCCGACGUUGAGUGAACGUUCGACAAACGUUGGUACAACGUUGAGACAACGUGAUUUUGCUGGCUUGGAAGUCCUCCGAACAAUGAUCAAGGACAGGACAGUAUAUACUUUAAUGACGUUAGAAAACACGAGACUUCUUUUGUCCAUCAAUCCAUCUACAUCAUAUACUACAAUCGCAAAUAAAACAUGUUGCUCUUAAGCAAUGCUUC